AUGGCUGUUCCGGAUAAGUUCACGGGAUUCCAGGUCAACAGCGCCGAAACAUGGCAGGAAUUCCACAAGAAUGAGUUCCAGCCAAAGCCCUUCGGCGAUUACGACGUCGACAUCAAGAUUGAGUGCUGUGGUGUUUGCGCAAGCGAUCUCCACACUAUCAACGGCGAGUGGGGCCCGCAGAAUUACCCUUUGGCUGUUGGUCAUGAAAUCGUCGGUACUGCCCUCCGCGUUGGACCCAAGGUCACCUUGAUCAAGCCCGGCCAACGAGUCGGUGUCGGAGCCCAAUCGUACUCUUGCCUCGACUGCAGACAAUGCAAGAACGAAAACGAGACCUACUGCACGAAGCAGCUCGAUACCUAUGGCGCAAAGUGGCCCGAUACCGGCAUCGUCUCCCAGGGCGGAUACUCGUCGCAUGUGCGAACCCAUGAACACUGGGUCUUCCCCAUCCCGGAUGGUCUUCCCAGCACCGCGGCCGCCCCCAUGCUCUGCGCCGGGCUAACCUCCUACAGUCCCCUCGUCCGGAACGGCUGCGGUCCCGGCAAGAAGGUCGGCGUAGUCGGUAUCGGCGGUCUCGGCCACUUCGGCAUCCUUUUCGCCAAGGCCCUGGGCGCGGAGACCUGGGCCAUCUCUCGAUCCCGCGCGAAGGAGGAAGACGCCAAGAAGAUGGGUGCCACAGGCCUCAUCGCCACCAACGAGAAGGGCUGGAACGAACCCCACCGCAUGACCUUUGACCUCAUCAUCAACACGGCCAACUCCUUUGACGGCUUCCAGCUCGCCGAGUACCUCAGCCUACUCGACGUGCAUGGUAAGUGGGUUUCCGUAGGUCUGCCGGGCGGCGACGGCAUCACGAUCAAGAACCAGGAUUUCCUGCCGAAUGGAUGCUUUAUUGGUAGCUCGCAUUUGGGGAGCCGUCGGGAGAUGCUGGAGAUGUUGCAGUUGGCGGCAGAUAAGGGGAUCAAGACUUGGGUGGAGGAGGUUCCUCUCUCGGCGGAGAAUUUGAAGACGGCGUUGAAUAGGUUGGGGCAUCAUGAUAUUAGGUAUCGGUUCUGCUUGACGAACUAUGACGAUGUCUUUGGAAAAUAA